AUGUCAAGUACACCUACUUCCCUUUCAAAGCUCCCUCCUCUUUCAUCAUCAUUCCCAAACACUGAAUCUUAUAUCCCUAAAAUGGAAGGGUUGAGUUUCUUCGUAGGUGUUAUAGGCAAUGUUAUCUCAGUUCUGGUUUUUCUUUCUCCAGUAGGGACUUUUUGGAGGAUAGUAAAGCAUGGAUCAACAGAGGAUUUCUCGAGUCUUCCAUACGUUUGCACAUUGUUGAAUUCAAGCUUAUGGACUUACUAUGGAAUCACUAAGCCUGGAGCUUAUCUUGUUGCCACUGUUAAUGGCUUUGGCAUCCUGGCUGAAGCUAUCUACGUUGUUUUGUUCCUCAUAUAUGCACCAAGAAAGAUGAGGGUGAAGACUGGGAUUUUGGUAGGGAUAUUAGAUGUGGGAAUUCUUUCAGCAGCUGUUUUGGUGACUCGUUUAGCAUUGGAAGGAGAGUCUCGAAUCGAUGCAAUAGGGUUCAUGUGCGCCGCCCUUAACAUCAUCAUGUAUGGCUCCCCUUUAGCUGCCAUGAAAACAGUGGUCACAAGCAAGAGUGUAGAGUACAUGCCAUUUUUCCUGUCGUUUUUUCUGUUUUUGAAUGGAGGAGUUUGGGCUUUCUAUGCAUUCCUGGAGCAAGAUAUUUUCCUGGGGGUACCAAAUGGAAUAGGUUUUCUGCUUGGAACAGCACAACUAAUUCUUUAUGCCAUUUAUAACAAGGCAAGGCCAUCAAAUAACAGCAUCUCACAAGGAUUAUUGGAACAAGGCUUCCCAAAGUAGCCCCAAAGAAAAGAGGGAAAAACUCAACACGUCCCUUAAAUUUUCCGGUCACUCGAUUUAUGGUUUGGGAUUUUAUUUUAUCAUUCGUCCGAUCACCGAUUACAUUAUUAUUGCAAAUGAAAAAUCUUCCUACACAUGUAUUGGAUUGUUUUUAUUUUUCUUUUAAUAAGAGAAAAGUUGAUAUUAUGAUGGAAGAUCGAUUACAAUGCAUUUUUUUAUUUUCUA